ACCGACCACCGAGUCACCGAGCAAACAACCAUCUGCCCGGACGUCAUUUUGGCUUCAAAAUUAUCGCCAACAAUGUCAGAAUUGCACUGAAAUGUUUGUAAAUACUUACUUGAAAGACUCACAAAAGUGAUAACUAUAAAUUUAUUAUUAUAAAUUACACUACCUUCAUAAUUAUGUAUGAAUGAAUCAAUCAUGGAAGAAGAAGUGGAGGACAUGGUGGGAGACGUGACGUACACUGACUCACAGAAGAGUGUCGCCCUGGACAUGUACUCAUAUGAACAGAGCGAGAGUGUGAGUACAGAUAAGAACACAAACUCCGGAAGGGAAACAUACGUCCUCGAGAUCGACGACAGCGAUGAGAGUGAUAGCUUACAAGCUGAACCAAUGUGUGCUGAGCCAGCUGCAACUUUGAACCACCCACAUUUCAUGAAAACAAAGCAGAUGGUUGAAAAAGUAAGCACGAAUAAUAGAGACAACAACGGUUCCAAAAUAGUUCAAGAAAUAUUCACACAAACUAGCAAAACUAUCAUCCAAAUAGCACAAGCCGAAGGCUAUGCUAAAGCUACACGAGUUAGCACUCUGGAAACUCAAACGUCCUAUGUUUUCUUGGCCGAUAAUAAAGGUGUAGAAAAUAGAACGCAAUGUGAGGUUACGAACAGGAACAAAGAUACGGGCGAUACAAAUAACUACCAAACUAAGAAUCCGGACGGGGUGAUUUGUAACUAUUUCAACAGUUCAUUGGACGAUGAGUCGUCAAAAUUUGCUGUAACUGAAUCUGAAAAUGAAAGAACGUUUUAUUUUAGCGAUAUCACUAGCUCCGAUGUGAACAAAACCUCAGAUGCAGAUAAUAGCGUUCCUCCACUCUCUAUAACAGAAGUUGAAGACGAAGAUUCACUGAGUUACGAAUACGAAGAAUCGCUGAAAUCUGAAGCAGAGUUUGAGCAAGACUCUUUAAAGGAUCCAAAGAGGCUGAACACCAUAAAAGAUGACUGCAGCGACGCUAGUGAAGUAUCCAUAGACCAAGAUGUGGAAGAACUGUACAGUAAACUCACUGAGAACAAUGGACUACCGCUAGAAGACCCUGAUGCAAUAGACAAAAGAAUGAACAUUUUUGUAAACACAACACUCGCCCCUUUGACGGAAGAAGAUCCUGAACAGAAAAGAAGCAGCAUAAUAGAUAUUACACCACAGGCGACCCAUAUACAGCCGGUACCGUCAACCAAAAACGAUGUUCUAUUCACUAACAGUUUUGGAAUGAAAGUCAAAGUACUACCAGAAGAAAAACUUCCAUCAGCAGUAGAGUCGGUACCUUUCAAACUACCGCCAAUACAAAAACAUCUAUCUUGCCCGAACAGCCCUCACCUAAAUCAGCUAUUCACGAUGAAAGCUAUAAACCGGCCAGUUGACACGGACACUUUGCCCAGCAUCUACCAGGCUCCAAACCCCAAGUUAGACCGAUGGAACGCUGCCACCAAACAUAAUCCGGCGUCUGGUGAAAACGCACAGAUUAGUGAACGAGGCGAUUUAAGUCGAUCUGCCGACGACUCGAAUCACUUGCCUCCCAUCAACCUGGACCUCAGGGCUCCCUUCCACCUUCAGCCGCCGUACUCCAGUCGAUCCAACAAGAGUUCUGUUAGCGCGAAUGUCCCGCAAACAAUAUCCAUAAAGAAGCAGAUUAGAGAACUUAAACAGAGCCCCAACCGUGUUCCUAUUUGGAGGACCUCUUUGUGUAGAAAUUUCAUACCGAAUAUGAUUCAUGUUUUCAGGACAGAAACAUUGGAGGGUUUAGAAGAUUUGCCGAACGUUUUAGAUAAAUACUGGACCACUAUUAGUGACUCCAGAAUAGCAGAUCUUAUCAGACAAAUAUGUUCCCUGGUGGAAUCUCCUCGGACGCAGGUAGCCAGGACUGCGUGCACGACGCUUUCAGUGCUCCUUCAGAAUACUAAAUACACCAAGAAACCUGACUUCUACGAGGCAAUAAGCAUCCUGCUAGUGAAGACAGGCAGCUUCUGCCGGCCGGUGCGGCGCGCGGCCAACGUGGCUCUGGAUAGAGUCGCGUGCGCUGCGGACCUAGCGCACACCGUCACCGCCAUCUGCGCGCAUGGGAUUGACCACAAGAACCCCCUAGUCCGAUGUGCAGCAGCACGACUACUCGUGGUGUCAGUGGCGCUGUCAGCAGGGAGGGGCCGCGAGCUGCUGCGCUGUCGCCCCGCGCUGGCGGCCACUGCCAGGAGACACGCGCUGCAGGCGUUAGCGAGGCUAUUGGAGGAUAAGAACCAGGAAACCAGGAAAUACGCGGAGCGUCUAUACGGCAUGCUGCGGCCGCUGGCCAACUUCGAGGCGUUCUACCUGACGGACGUGACCCUCGAGACGGCCGCGGCGCAGAUGAAGAAGCACGACCGCCUGCUCACGGCGCGCGCCGGCCACGAGAGCAGGUGAUGGAGGCCUGGGUGCCGAUCUCAGUGAGGAGUGGCAAGUAUUUGUAUUAUGUUUUAGUGCUCUUCUGACGCGGGCAGCGCCAUAAGAAUCGAUAUAACGUUCCUACAUGUAUUAUCUAUCGUAUCUUAAGUUACCUAUUAGCCAAAGAAAAAUUGUUGUGCCAAGUUAAUAAGAAAUCAGUGCUAUUAUGUUAUUUAGUUAUAAUUCGCAGACACAAGCAGCCUAUAUUUGUAAAUUUUUAAAUUAUCAGCAGUUUGUUAUGUUUUUAUAGGCGCCUGGAUGUUUUAUGUCCGUUUCGGUCAUUUCAUUCGAUAUCUCUAUCAAUAUUGUUACUGCCAAUAAAAAUAAGUAAAUACAUCUUUCUCGGGAUAAGAUCCCUAAUAAAGCAUGUAAAUUUCA